AUGGACACCGCUCAGCAUGCAAAGCGCAGAAUAGUGGUGAUAGGAGCUGGAAUCAUCGGACUUACCUGUGCCCUGAGCAUACAGUCAAAGUUGGCCGAACAGCAUCUUGACCAUCAGUAUCUCGUCAUGAUAGUGUCCCGGGACUUCCCCACCUGCACACCAGGAGCUCCCACUUCACAUGCAGUUGACUAUGCAUCUGUUUGGGCGGGAGCUCACGUUCGACCAAUCCCUGCGUCAACACCCCAACUCGCUCGUGAAGCGGCCUGGCUGAAACAAACUGUCCAGCAUCUCAGAGUCCAAGCAGAGCGAGAGCCGUGGAUCGGUAUCACGCCUCUUCCUGGCGUGGAAUAUCUCGAGGCCCCGGACGAAGCAUAUCAGACAUGGCUUGGUGGCUCCUUUGAGGAUGAGACGGGGUUGAUGGGAUUUCGUGAGCUGCCAACAUCCGCUCUCCCUCAAGGCGUGGCCCUAGGCUUCGAGUACCAAACUUUCUGCCUCAACGCCCCGGUUUACUGCACCGGACUGUUGAGAAAGUUUCUUCUCCAAGGAGGCCGCACCUUGAAAAGAAACUUGGCCAGUGAAUGGGAGGGGUUCUCGGUGGCUCCACAUGUCGCUGCCGUGAUCAAUGCCAGCGGCGUGGGCUUUGGGGACCCCAAAUGUUUCCCGACGCGAGGCCAAAUCGUUCUCACAAACCUCAGCGGCUUUUCCAAGACCAUCACCCGACAAUGCAAGGAUGGAAGUUGGAGCUUUGUCAUUCCUCGGUUGUUUGAUGGUGGCACCAUCAUUGGAGGUACAAAAGAGCCAAAUAACUGGGAGACGGAACCGCAUCUCGACACAAGGGAGGAGUUGAUGGAAGCCGCCAAGGGGCUGGAUCCUGGUCUUGCUGCCUCACUGGAGGGCUACAAGGGGGAUAAAAGUCCCCAUGUUAUAGCAGAUGUGGUGGGACGUCGACCGACCCGAGAUGGAGGUAUGCGUCUUCAGGUUGAGAGAAAUUCGUCUUUGGGGGAGGAUACUCGAGCAGUUGUACAUGCUUAUGGGGCUGGAGGGAGGGGUUAUGAACUAUCGUGGGGUGUCGCGCAAGAAGUGACAAGUCUGGUCAUGAAGGAAUUGAACACGUCCAACGGAGCCAAGAUCCGGCCAUUUAAGCUAUAG